AUGGGGGAGGAGAGAUUGGUAGAAAUGGUCCAGGUAAUGAGCCAAGGCAAGAGUAGACCUGAUGCAGGAUCCCAGUCAAGUAGGACUCAAAGUGGUAGGGGAACAGGAGCAAAGGGACAGGUGGUCAAGUUGUGGGAUCCAGCGAAGAAUAAAAAAUUGCAAGAACUUUUCUUGCAAGAGGUACGGAUGGGAGAACUUUGGUUAUCUAGAGGAGAGCAUAGAAUGGGGGUUCAACACCUCAGCAAUGCCCUUUUAGUGUGUGGGCAACCACAGGAACUUCUGAAGGUUUUCAAACACACACUCCCUCCCAAGGUAUUUGAGAUGCUGUUGCACAAAAUUCCCCUUAUUUGCCAGCAAUUUGAGGCAGACAUGAAUGAACAGGAAUGCUUGGAGGAUGAUCCUGAUUGAAAAACAUUUCAACGUAUCCACAGCCCAGUGA